AAAUUCGAAUGUCACCAGACUUUUCGAUUGAAUAAUUCGAUUCGACCCACCACAGCAACACAAACAGACACCAAGAGCCCAACAACAAGCAACACAACACCCGACCCGACAACGUUCAGUGCCCACAGUACGACCUGUACCAGGUACUUGUGUUGUUUAUUCUAUCCCUGUUAUAUACAGACCAUGCCUCGUUUAGUCGGUCCCACUGCUCCGCAUCGUGGUGAAGGGAGAGGCUCCAGCCAUAGUCGACGAGACGCAUCCGGAAACAAGACGAUCAAGGAGAAGAAUAAGGAAAAGCGAGAACGCGCUCGCGACAGCAGUAACAGCAACAACCUGAGCAGCAAGACCAGUCGAGAAAACCUCAGUAGCCGAAACAACAGCAGUGAGAAACUCAGCAGCAAGACCAGCCGCGAAAAUCUGGUCAAAAAAGACAGCAAGAAUAGCAGCACCACUGCGAAUGCAUCGUUUUCGGCCAAACAAUCAUCAUCAUCAUCCACCGCACCCAACGAUGCCUCGUGGACUCCACCACUCUGGUUGACCAAGGUGAAACCGCCUCAUCGAACACGAAACUUGACCAUUCCCAUUCCACCCGUGCCAGCCGACACUCGCAAGGCCAUUCAGAAAUACAUUGAAAAACAACAACCCCCCUACCACAAGCAACAAGCCCAAAUGCAACUGCUACAAAACAAAUUAAAGGGACAAAAGGAAAAGGCCAAAUUGGCACAGAAAAAACUAGACAAGUUGGAAGAGAGCAAAGCCGAACGAAUCCAAGAAAUCAAAGUCAUGAGUCAAGAAGAAUUGGAGGCGAAAUUCCAAACCAUCCAGGAAGAAUUGGAAAAGGAGCAUGCGGCAGCAGCCAAGGCACACGAAGAAGAAUGGAAACAAAAUACCGAAAAAGAAGCGAAAGCGGCCAAACGACAAUAUAAAAAAGAACAAGCGGAACUGGCCGAAAAAGACCGGGAAGCACACCAACAAAAAGUACAAGAGGAAUUAGAAUUGCAAGCAAAACAGGCCAAAGCCAAGGAUGAUGACGACGACAAGGACUUGCUUCCGAGUCAAAAAUUAGAACGAGAGCAUGCCAAAGUAAAGGAAAAAUUGGACGGUCUCAAAGAAACCAAAAAGGAAAUUGUGUGGCUGCUCAAGCAGGUCAUCAAUGCCGAAAAGAAGCGAAAGGCACCAGAGCCCCACAUGCCACCCAAAAAGAAGCAAAUAAAACUUUAGGGGAAGUAUGUGGCAGGAUAACUCUUAUUUAGUUCGAUUCGACCAGCACUCUAGCCACCGGUUAGUAUUAUUAGAAGUAAUCUGUGUACCAUACACUAGACUUCUUACUUGCAAUUAUUGUAGAU